AUGUGCACGGCUCGCUUCGCGUUCGCACUCCAGGUGCUCUCCGCGUGCUGUGCGCACAGCGCCGCACUGCUGCUGCGUUCUCGUCCUGUCGCGGCGGCCUCGUCCGUGCGCCGGCUGGUGGCGGCCCCGCAGCUCACCGCUGGCGACGGGGACGAGGAGCUCGAUGCGGCGGACACCGUGUCUAGCUGGGACGAGGAGCUCGCCAUGAUGAAGGCGUGGGAGGCGGCGCGAAAGGUCGAGGCGGGAGGGCGGCCGGCGGCGGAGAGCGGCAGUGGCGUCGACGAGGACGCACACCUCGGCCUUGGCGAGGAUUUUGACUCGGAGGACCCAGCGGCGGCUGCGCUGCGGCAGGCGGCGGAGAAGCAGGCGGCAGUGCUGCUCGCCGGCAUCGAGGCGCAGUCGGCGGCACCGCCCACCGACAAGGCCGUGAUGACCUCGCUCGAGGCCGUCAUCAACGCCAUCUCGCGGCUGAGCGACAAGGUUGACGCGCUCACGGCCAAGGUCGAUCAGCUGCAGCAGGCGAGGCCUACCGGCGCCGACGCGUCGUCGGCCACCGAAGCGCCGCCGCCGGCGGCGCCGCCACCGCCGACCGCGGGUGCGGCAGACGACGCGCCAACUGUUGCGGCGAGCGCCGCCGGCGGUGCCGCGGCGGCAGACACGUCGGCGCAGUGGGAUGGGGAGGUGGACGAGACGGCGUGGUUUGAUCAGGACGACGACGAUGACGACAUGCCGGACUGGCGCGACGUGAGGAGGCUCAACAAAUUGUUGUAG